AGGAAGUCGUUACAGUACAUGUCUAAAGCAGAGUAGAUCGAAGUGAAGUGACACAGUUAGAGUCUAAGAGAGAACACUCAAAAUCACAAGGAUACUGAUAAUAAGAAUAUUGAAACUAGUAGCAAGAAAUUUUGGAAAGCAAACUGAGCGUAAUAAUACUUCAGCAAGGUUAAACAAAUAUCUAACUUCAAUAUUGAAAUGGUAAAAGUUUGAUAUUUUAUGAUAUUUAAAAAAAAAACAGAAACAUAUACUAAAAAAGUGCUAAAAGGAAAGAUCUGGAACAGAGUAAAACUGGUGGAAAAUCUAAGAAAGUAGGACUGAAAAGAAUAAGAGGAUAUCCCAGAGGACCUUUGUGUGGUGAUGGAAAAGGAACAGCUGAGCUAUGAAGAAGCCAUUCGGAGGGCAGGUGAAGCUAUUCGUCGUUUUCCUCUAAUAGAUGUCCAGGGUGUCCCUCUUAUGAGCACCAUUGCUGAAAACUGGAAAUCAGUUGCUGAAUUCUGUCCUGACCCAUCAGACCUACUCAUCUCUACUUACCCCAAAGCAGGCACAACCUGGGCUCAAGAGAUAGUAGAUCUUCUGCAGCACAAUGGAGAUGCCGAGGUGUGCAAGAGAGCGCCAACAGCUGUUCGUAUUCCAUUUCUGGAGAUUUUUGCUCCUCCACCCAUACCUUCAGGGCUUGACUUGCUUAGACAGAUGAAACCACCGAGAGUCAUCAAAACUCAUCUGCCCAUCCAGCUAGUGCCUAAAGGAUUCUGGGAAAAUAAAUGCAAGGUCAUUUAUAUUGCCCGGAAUGCUAAGGAUAACCUUGUAAGCUACUUCCACUUUGAUCGCAUGAAUCUUACCCAGCCAGAGCCAGGACCUUGGGAUGGAUACAUUCACAAGUUCAUGAAGGGACAAUUAGGUUGGGGCUCUUGGUAUGACCAUGUAAAAGGUUACUGGAAGGAACGCAAGGAAAGGAAUAUUCUCUACAUACUCUUUGAGGACAUGAAGGAGAAUCCUUUAAGAGAGAUUAAGAAGAUCAUGCACUAUUUGGACUUGUCCGUUUCUGAAGAUAUAAUAGAGAGGAUUGCGCAGCUGACUUCCUUCCACGUCAUGAAAGACAAUCCAAUGGCUAACUACUCCUACAUUCCUAAAGCUGUGUUUGAUCAGUCCAUUUCUACCUUCAUGAGAAAAGGAGAGGUUGGUGACUGGAUUAACCAUUUCACCCCAGCUCAAGCCCAGAUGUUUGAUGAAGACUACGCAAACCAGAUGAAAGAUGUGAACAUUCCAUUCCGCUAUAGCAUUUGAUCUCUAAAUAAUACACCUGAUCUUACACAGCGCAAAAUUAUAUAUGAGAUUUUUUUGUUAGAAUUAAUUUAAUUAUUUCUAUAAAAGCUUCGAGAUAUAUGCUUAUUAAUUAUAGAUUGAUUAUUAACAGCUAACAGCAAGACAUUUAACAGAUGGAACCUAAAAUCAAAUAAAGACAAUAAUCGGUGAGCGAAUGAGAACUGCUAAAUGCUAUUAUCAUGCAGCUGAACCAAAACCACAAAAGAAAACAGAAUUCAUGAAAUUAAUAAAAAAAAAAAUAUAUUAAUUUUCUUUCUUUCUUUUUCAUUUUAACAUACAAAUGGACUAGCAUCUAUAGUUUUAAAGAUAAUAAUCAGUAACCAUAGCUAAUACGAACUGAGGCACAAUAGCAUAAAAGUUUCUGUAAAACUGCUUUGUAUUGUAAUGUGUAUUGCAAUGUCCACUAUGCAAAUAAAUUUGACUCAACUUGA